AUGAAAGAACCAAACCAAAAUAUUGGAUCCUUUAGCGACUGGGUUACAAAGUUGUGUAAGAGGCACAUACAAGAGGAGCAUGGUAUCUCUUAUGAUGAAGUAGAACGUGUAAACGUAACAUUGAAGCCUUCAAUAGUUGGUUCCCCAAGAUGGCGUCGUCUUCUUACGGAAACAAGACGCUCGAUGGGCGAUAAAAAUAACUGCGCUGUUGGUACGUGGCAGAGAGGUGAUGGGAGUAAUCACUUGGAAAUUCGCUCCAAUAAGAUGAGAAUUCAUACAGGAGGUCAGAAAUCGAUUCCGCUUGAUUCCCUAACUCCUCGUUUCAAAAACGUGUAUCUAUAUGAUAAACAAGGAACCAGUGCCGUUGGGCUACCAACAGGAGGCAAUUUCAAAGAAGGAAAGAUCCGACGAAAGAAUGAAAGAGAUAUAUCAAAGUCAUUAGAUGCAUAUUCGAAACAUAUCGUGUCUGCCCAGCCUGUUACGGCUCUCCACAAAAAAUGCGUUAAGGACAAACCAAUGUUAAAAUAUUCAGAACCAAUCCAACUGCCUGUUAUAGAUAUAGAGCAGGCUUAUGAUAAUGAUGACAUAGAAACCGACGGUUCAGAGGCAACAAAAGGAAAAACUUCCAAAACUAAGGCAACGGGGAAUGAAUCUUUGAGAAACAUAAACGCAUUAGAUGUUAUAUUUAUUACACCUAGAGGAUCACCGGAACCCAAGCAUGUAAAUGAAGAAGACAUUGUCAAACACGAACGUUAUGAAACUGAUGUUUUAGACUCCCAUAAUAGCUCAGCGUUUGAGAUAUUUCCAGAAUCGGAAACACACGAUCGUAAUUUUCUCGAUGUUAUUUCUUAUGACUGCCCUGAUAACACCAACAACAGACCCGUAUCUCCUAUGCCAUCAAAGAAAAGAACUGACACACUAAAGCUGUCCAACAUUACUCAAGUCUCAAGCUCAACUACAUGUGAAAGUAUACAAUCGGAGAGCAUGCCUGAUACGAUGGAACACCCGAACAACUAUGACGUAACUCGAAACCUAUCCAAGAAAGCAAGGUGUCUUACAAAAGAUAACGAAUACAAGGCCGUCAAGGCAGAGUACAAACGGAGGUAUACAGAUCCAAUCGGCCAUCAGCAACUCAUCUUAGAGGCCAAAAGUAUAUCACCUCAUAGACAGAAAGAAGAUUCGACGAAAUCGAACGCCGAGACGAAAUUCACAAAGACAAUGUUAACGCCAAAGAAGGCAAAUGGAAAAGUGCAUUUCAAGAAGAUAUCAAACCGAAGCUAUUCUUAUAAGACUGAUACUAACUCCUGUGGUCGAACCUCAAGCAAACUUAAACUACCUCCUAUAGACAGACCGAGUACUAUUUCACCAAGACCAUUUGAUGAAGAAUCAGAGAAACAAUACAAAAGACAGGUAAAAAAGAAAGAUAGCAGACCCUACAAAAUAAGGACACGAGCAACCGUCACAACUGCCGACCCGCUUUAUAAAGAAACAAUCACAGAUAUCGCUCAAAAUGACACACUAUUGGAUUAUUUUUCCCAUUCGGAUGAUGUUUUCAUCGUGAGAAAGCACUCGGGUAAACCAAAACGAAAAGGUUUCAAAGAAGGGAAACAAAAUGGGGGAAAGAAAUCAAGAAAAAUGAGAUCGUCCACAAAUUAUAAACGUACGUCUCCAGCUCAGCCUCCCACCCCACCCGGGACUCCCAUGCAUAGGUGCAAUGAAAUGCCGAUAUAUAUCCCGUAUGGUAAAGUGACCCCCACAGGCAGCCAGGCGUCUUAGCUGCAAUUAACAAUAUAUUUAAAUGCGUUCUCAUUAUAUUAUGAAUGUGGAUGUAUCCAUAUUUAGUAAUUUGUAAUAUUUAUACUUUCUCCGGAUUUUAAUAAACCCCCAUUUGAUAAGCUUGCAUAAAGGUUUUGAGAAACAAUAUAGCC